AUGGCAGUCGAAAAGUUCGGGUUACAUAUCAUCGUUGUCGGUGCAGGUCUCGCUGGUAUUUCUGCAGCGAUAUCGUGCGCAUUGGCCGGGCAUUCUGUCACCGUCCUAGAGGCAGCAAAAGAACUUGCAGAAGUUGGUGCAGGCCUUCAAGUCACCCCUAAUGGCUCGCGCCUUCUCAAAGCCUGGGAUCUCCCUAAAGCUAUGUGGGACCAGGCAGCUGAGCCAACGCAGUUGACCGUACAUCGAUAUUCUGGGGCUGUGCUGGCCCGUGAGAUUGACUUCGAUAAGAACAUCCGACGCAAAUACGGUGUGCCUUUCGUUGAUCUACAUCGAGUGGACUUGCAGCAAGCAUUGUACGAACGAGCUCGGCAGCUGGGAGUUGAGUUUCAACUGAACGAGCGCGUACAAAACGUCGAUUCCUCAAUGCCGUCGGUAACCACUAUCUCAGGGCACGAGUAUCACGCUGAUCUAAUAGUUGGAGCUGACGGCUUGCGGUCACGAACUCGAGAAUGCUUCUUAGGGACCGCUGAUUCACCCAAGCCGACAGGAGACUUAGCAUAUCGGAUUGUUCUGUGUUUAGAUCAAAUCAAAGAGCCAGCUUUACAAGACUGGGUUAGCCAUCCAGAAGUCCAUUUUUGGAUUGGUCCUAGAUCACACGCUGUUGGUUACUCAUUGAAGGCGGGCAAGAUGUACAAUCUUGUGCUACUUGUACCGGAUGAUCUACCUCCGGGGAUCUCGAAGCAACCUGGAAAUGUUGAAGAGAUGAAACUGCUAUUCGAAGGCUGGGAUCCAGUUCUCACUCAACUUCUAGGUUACGUUGACAGAGUUGACAAAUGGAAACUUAUGCAUAGAGAAGAACUACCAUCUUGGAUUAAUCGAGCCAAUAAUUUUGUUUUGAUAGGCGAUUCCUGUCAUCCCAUGCUUCCAUAUCUUGCACAGGGCGCCAAUUCGUCUAUGGAGGAUGGAGCGGCUCUAGGAACGAUCUUGAAGUCCGUCACAGAAAAGGAGCAACUCCCAAAUGCUCUGCAUAUGUUUGAAAAGCUUCGAAAAUUGAGAAGUGAGGCUAUAGCUAAGGAAACAUUCAAGCAGAGAAAUGAUUUUCAUAUGCAAGAUGGUCUUGACCAAGAAGAACGAGACAGAAUAUUCACAUCGCAGCUCGGCAAAGAACUUACUGGAGUUUUUCCCAGUCGAUGGACGUGCCCCGUUGUCCAGCCAUGGAUAUAUGGGUAUGAUGCCAUAGCUGAAGCCGAAAAAGCGCUCAACGACAAGAAACUCCCCAAUAUGGAAGGGAAAUACAUGCCCCAAGAUGAACCUAUCAAGGGAAAGUUCUGA